UUUCUAUUUCUUUCUUAAUUACAUCAUGGCAAAUAAAGGCACUCAAAAGACCCUGGAAAAGCUGAAAGCAUCUGUCAAUGCAGGCAAUUACUAUGAAGCUCACCAGAUGUACCGAACCGUGGCACGACGUUAUAACAAACAACAAAAAUAUGACCACACUAUUCAACUGUUGCACGACGGGGCGUUGUCCCUGAUGCAACAUGGUCAAAGCACUUCGGGCGCCGAUUUAGCCAACUACAUGUUGGAAACUUACAAGAUCGCCAAUGUCCCAGUCGACGCCGCUUCCCUCGAUCGUGUGGUGGAAUUGUUGAGCUUAUACUCUCCCAAGGAAGCCGGCCGCAAAACGUACAUUUCCAGCGCUUUCAGCUGGACACAGAAAAAUGGCGAAUACAGAGAAGGCGACCCCGAGUUGCAUGACUUUGUCGGAACCAUGUUUUACCAAGAGGGACGUUUCCAGCAAGCUGAGGAGCAUUUGUUGGUGGGCACUGACCAUAGCGCGGAAGUAUUGGGCGAGUUGGCAUCUGCAUGGACAAAAGAGGAAGAAGGUCCCUUGGAAGGAUUCCACAUUGCAAGGAUCGUCCUUCAGCUUCUUGCGAUGAAAAACAUUCACCAUGCCACCUUGGCUCUUGCCAGUUACGUGAAAGCGGCUCAACCAAAAACGACAGAAUCGUUGCCUUUCCGUUGUGCUCCUGCCGACGAACCUGUUCAGCUCCCUGUUUACGAUGAUUCAUGGACCAAUUUUGCGCAGUUGAUGUUGUUAACAUGUCAACGUGACAGUGCGGAUUUCUUUAGACAGUUGCGAACCAAAUACAACGAAUUAUAUGGUCCUCACAAGGGAUUUGAUGAGCUAUUGGACGACAUUGGUGCGGUAUUUUUCAAUAUUCCUAAGCCGAGAAAGCAGGGCAACAUGUUGCAAGAUUUGAUGAGCAGUUUGUUUUCUGGACCGCCCGCCCCUGCCCCACAACAACGACGUGUCGCCUCUGGCAUGGAACUUGAUUAAACGGUUGAUAUCCUUGUCGAAUAAAGAGCAAUAUGUGCCUUGUUAAUGUUUCCGCUAUUUCCGUUUACAUUUGCCCCUCCACCAGCAACAAUAGUAAUUCGUAGUGACAUUGCAUAUCCCAUAUUAUAGCAUAUCCACCAAUGCAACACAAACGCACAACACAAGUGCACACACAAAUUGAGAGAG